AUGGCAGCUGUUGAUAAUGAAUUACCAGAAGAACUGAGUCAUAAUCACCCAUUGUUCUUGAACAACAUCGAUAAUUCAGGUGUUAUGCUAGUCUCGAUUCAGCAAUCUGGAUCUGAGAACUUUUUGAAAGAAGCAUAUGGAGAAAACUUGAAGAACUUGUGGGAACGAUGUAAUGCCAUUGUUCUGUCUUGGAUAAUGAACUGUGUAUCAAAAGAAUUACUCAGUGGGAUUGUUUACUCAACAAAUGCAGCAGAAGUGUGGAAAGAAUUGAGUGAAAGGUAUGAUAAAGUAGAUGGAAGUCGAAUCUAUCAAUUACACAAAGAAAUUGCAACUAUCAGUCAAGGUAUGAAUACAAUUUCAGUGUAUUUUUCUAGAUUGAGAGAACUAUGGGUAGAGUAUGAUAGUUUGGUUCCUAUAGCUAGUUGUGGUUGUCCUGGUUCAAGAGAUCUCAGUGUGUUUAUGCAUAAUCAAAAAUUGUUGCAGUUUCUCAUGGGUCUUAAUGAGUCAUAUGAUCAAGCAAGAGGCCAGAUUCUUAUGAUGAUGCCUCUUCCUUCUCUUAGCAAGGCAUAUUCCAUGUUGACUGAGAGAGAGAGUCAGCCUAGGAUUACACAAUCUGUUAGUAGUGAACAAGUAGAAUCGCAUGCAAUGUUUACUGCUCGAAGUCAAUCUAUACCUAAACAUAAAAAUCCUAAUGUUCCUAGCUAUGAUUCAAGUGUGUAUUGUGACUAUUGUAAUAGAACAGGACAUACUCGAGCUGUAUGUUUUCAACUUCAUGGAUGUCCUCCUAGUCUUGAAAAAAGGAAGAAAGGAUCAUCAUAUGGUAGUGGGAGAAAUCAUAAUGAUAAAAGACAACUUCAUACAGCUCAUAAUGCUGUUAGUAAUGAUCAAGAAGAGUUUAGUUCUAAUAGAGAAGAAAGUUCAAGCAACAAUGCUUAUAAUCAAAGCUGCAAUGGAGGAGUAAAUCAUAAUGACUAUAAUAGAGGAUUUAGUGUCAUUCAGGAUCAAUACAAUCAGAUUCUACAAAUGCUUGGACAUACAAAUGCUAAGGGAGGAACAGAAGGGUCAGGCUCACAUCUAACAGUGCUGCAAAUGCAAAUAUGGUCCAAGAUUAUGCAUCUUCAACAGGACCUCUACAAUGGGCAGGUGAGGGGGAUUGGUAGAGAAAGUGCAGGUCUCUAUCAUUUACCUAUUCACAAGUGUUCCAAGGAAGUACACUCUCGUACAAUUUGUCCACUAGCUAAACAACAUAGACUACCAUUUGUUCAUAGUACUUCAAUGUCUACUCAGGUUUUUCAGCUGUUACAUAUUGAUGUAUGGGGGCAAUUUAAUACUGCUACAUAUGAUGGGAAUAGAUUCUUUAUAACAAUUGUUGAUGACUGUACAAGAAUGUUAUGGCUCUUUCUAAUCAAGUUGAAAAGUGAUGUUUGUGUUGUGCUACAAAACUUCUUUGUGCUAGUUCAAACACAGUUUCAGUCCAAAGUUCAGAUCAUUAGAACUGAUAAUGGUUCAGAAUUUGUAAAUGCUGAGUGUAACAAGCUUUUUGUCAGUAGAGGGAUCAUUCACCAAAGAACUUGUAUACAUACUCCUCAGCAGAAUGGCAUAGCUGAAAGAAAAUAUAAACAUAUCUUGGAGAUAGCUAGAGCAAUGAUGUUUCAAGGUCACAUUCCAAUCAAAUUUUGGGGGCAUUGUAUACUGAGUGCCGCAUAUAUUAUAAAUAGGCUUCCUACACCAGUGUUACAAGAAGGAUAUAUACUUUAUGAUCUGAAGAACAAGUAUUUCUUUCUUAGCAGAGAUGUCUUGUUCAGAGAAUCAACAUUUCCUUUUGCAAUACCAACCUCUACAGCUUGGCAACUAUUUCCUACUACUUUCUCAUCAGACAUUGCUUCUGAUCCUACACAGUUACCUCUAAAUAAGGUUGACACUGGUACAUCCACAGUAGAUGGUUCCAUUCCUGAACAAAGAAGGUCCACAAGAAGUAGUAGAGCUCCUUUAUGGAUGAAAGAUUAUGUAGCUGCUGCAAGUCUCAAGUCUAGUAAUAAGCCAACAUACUCUAUUGACAAAUAUGUUGCCUAUGAUCAUCUACAUACAUCAUAUCAGGCAUUCUUAUCUAAUUUUGGUAAUGAUAUUGAACCAUCAACAUUUGAGGAAGCAUGUUCUGAUCAGAGAUGGGUGGAUGCUAUGAAAUCUGAAAUUUCAGCCUUGGAUGCUAACAACACUUGGACUGUUGUUCCAUUACCACCAGGCAAGAAGGCUAUUGGGUGCAAAUGGGUGUUUAAAAUCAGGUAUUUAGCCUCAGGAGAAAUAGAUAGAUUUAAAGCUCGAUUAGUUGUAAAAGGUUUCAAUCAAAGAGAAGGAAUUGAUUAUCAAGAAACCUUCUCUCCAGUAGUUAAGAUGAUUACUAUCAGAAGUGUAUUAGCACUUGCUGCUGCUGAGAAAUGGCAUGUUCAUCAAAUGGAUGUUUCAAAUGCAUUUCUGCAAGGUGAUCAGUUAGAAGAAGCACCUAGACAGUGGAAUGUAAAGCUUACUGAGGCACUACUCAAUCUUGGCUUUGUACAAAGUCAUCUAGAUUACUCAUUGUUUAUAAAAAGGAUUGACAAAUCUUUGGUGGUAAUAUUAGUAUAUGUAGAUGAUAUGAUGAUUACUAGAAAUGAUCUGAGUUUGAUAAAGGAUACAAAAGGAAUACUGCUGAAUACUUUCAAGAUGAAAGAUUUAGGAGAUCUAAGAUUGGGGAGCUUAUUUACACACAAGAAGGUCAGUUUCAGGCUUUAUGGUAAAGAUAAAUCAAAGAAACAGGCCACAGUAUCUAGAAGCUCAGCUGAAGCUGAGUAUAGAUGUAUGGACAAUUCAAUAGCUGAGAUUACAUGGAUAGUUAAGUUGUUUGAAGAACUUGGAGCUAAGAUUCAAACUCCAGUCAGUGUUUACAGUGACAGUAAGUUAGCAAUACAAAUUGCUGUCAAUCCAGUUUUACAUGAAAGAACAAAACAUAUUGAGUUGGAUUGUCAUUGCAUACGUGAGAAAAUUCAACAAGGAUUAGUUGAAACAAAGUAUCUACAUACAAAGGAACAAGAAGUUGAUAUGUUAACUAAAGGUUUAGGAAAAUCUCAACAUGAAUAUUUGUUAUCCAAGUUUGGUGUAAUGAACUUGUUCAUACCUCCAAACUUGAGGGGAAGUAUUGAAGAAGGUGUCACUUGA